UUACAUUUUUUUUUCGUUUUCGUUCAUUGAUCAUUUUGAUUUUGAAUUCCAAACAAAAAUGGAAUCAGUUGUCAUACAAUUAUUUGAACAAUUAUUAGUAUUAAGUCAACAACGGAUUAAUGAUUGGAGUAAAAUUGAUCAACUACAAGGUUUAUGGAAUACAUAUCGAUUAUCUUGUUUGGAUCCAUCAUAUGAUGGUUUAGAGCUUUUUUUGCAUGAAUUUCAAUCGAAAAUCGAUGAACUUGAUGAACAAUUAAAAAAUGGUGAACAAAUAGAAUCAUUAUCGAUGUUAGAUAAAAUAAUUGAAAAAUUGAAUCUCGAUAUUGAUGAUUCAGAUGAAAAAAUACGAUUAACAAUGCAAAACUGUCAAAUGGAUAAAUUAGUACGGAAAAAGAUUAUACGCUUUUUGAAACAAAAAUAUAAAAGUUCUAAUUUUACUAUUGAUAAUGAAACAUCGACAAUGUCCACCACCACCACCAUCGAUGGUCAAGAAUCGGAAACGCAAAUCACACCAAAUCCAUCUGCUCCACCACUGACCACAACGAUAGAAAUAGUCGAAUCGAAUCCUAUUGUACAAAUGGAUUCGCCACCUCCUUCGCCAUUGGCCAUCACGGAUCACCAACCUGAUAAUAGCGAUAGGCCAAAUAGAAAUGGAAAUAGAUCCUGCAUCAAAAGACAACGAUUUUAUCAAGGAAAACAUCAAUAUCGUUGUAAAUAUUGUAAUCGAUCUUUCCGUAGUAAUCAAAAACGUUUGGAUCAUUAUCGAUCUAAACAUCAACAUUUGAUUUGAAAAUUUUUUAUUCAAUUUUGAAAAAAAGAA